GCUGGUACCUUACUUACAAUUCAACCCACCCCCGUCCAGCCCUCCUCGUUUCCUUCAUCGAGCAUUUACCGUAUCUCGCUUUGAGCCAAUCACUUGGAUACUCGAACUUCACAUUUCCGCUCCAAUAUGGCUGAUCGCUUCCCUUCAUUGGAGGACUUCUCCGCGGGCCAGACCGAGGUCGUGGAGACCAACGGCGGCUCCGAUGAGAACGACUUCCUGGCUCGCGAAAGAGCCAUGCUUGGCGACGAUGCUGAGCAAUUCGCAACCCCUCAAGAUCAUGUCGCCGUGCCCGAAGACGUAAACAACGAUGACGAUCUAUUGGGUGGUGAUGCGGACGCCUUCCCAGCCGCCGGUGACGCCUCGCCUCAGGAGAUCGCCGGGUUCGAAUCCUCUUUCCCCGCCCUUGACAUACAGAAUGAGCAAGUUGCCCCUGGUGGUACAAUCACUGGAACGGGGGCCCCCUUCCCGCCCACCGGAUACACCAACUAUAGUUCCCAAGCUCUCGACGAGGAGCCCGAGCCCGUCAGGGAAUGGCGUGAAAGACGAGACGCAGACAUUCAGCGCCGUGCUGAAAUCUCCGAGGAGAAGAAGCAAGCGACCGUGAAGAAGGCACAGGAGGAUAUCGACGACUUCUAUGUCUCUUAUAACAACAAGACGGACAAAUUGCGUGCCCAGACUCGUGCCGAAGCUGAGCAGUUCCUCGCCAACCGCGAAGACACAUCGUCUGGUGGCACUAGCUGGGAGCGCAUUGCAAAGCUGGUUGACGUAUCCGGAAAGGGCAGCAAGGGUGGUGCGAGCGGAUCUGGCAAGGAGCGCUUCCGUGAGUUGCUGCUCGACUUGAAGAAGGAUCAGAAUGCCCCCGGCGCCGGCGGUGUUUAAGCUUCCCGAUACCUGAUACCCAGGGACGGCAAUUGAGCCCGAGAAUUUAAGUCUCCUGGAGGUUAUACCUCACUUCCUCUACUUUCAGCGCCAUUCUCAUGAACAUCAUGUCAUUCCGCAUUGACCCCAGGAGCUCAGACGUUCUUCAUCGACCUGAAUAUACCUACGUGGAUCAAUUGAUUCUAUGGCGGCUUCCUAAUCACAAUGUCUUUUUAUUUUAUUCUCAUUACAUGUUUUCAUAUCUUCCUUAUUCCCUUUCUGUAGUUAGAUCAUGCAUAUUGGAACACUACAC